CAGCUGUGCUCUGAGCGCGAGGCGAAGACGAGGGGAAGGGGGUCGGAGGCGCGCGUGCUCGCUCUCACCAGGGUCAGUCCCCUCGAACAGUGAGCGCGAGGAGAGGGAGAGACAGGGCAGGCAGGCUCGCUCGCUCGAGGGACUGAGCUGUGAAGCGCGUGCGCCUCCUCGGGCGCGAGGAAGAAAAGCCCUCACUUGCCGGGGACCAAGCCGGGGCAGGCAGGAGACGAGAGGAAAGGGGGAGACAGACGCAGCCAAUUGGGAGGUGGGACAGAGGGGUCUCCCACCAAUCGGGGACGGCGGAGACAAGAAGCCUGCCAGCCAGGGGUGUGCUUGUGGGAGCCUCCCCGCCAAUCGGAGCAGCGCGCCAAUCGCGGGCUAGCCAGCACCAGAGAGCGCGGAGUCGGGGAUGUCCUACAAGCCUAUCGCGCCUGCCCCCACCAGCUCCGGAGCCGCCGGCACCAGCAGCAGUAGCAGCAGCGCCAGCCCCGCCCCCGGACCCCCGCCGGUCGCCACGAGUGUCCCAUCUCCAUCUGGAUCUGUCCCUGGAGCUUCUGCCCCCUUCCGACCCCUCUUCAACGAUUUUGGGCCCCCAUCGAUGGGCUACGUGCAGGCUAUGAAGCCACCAGGUGCCCAAGGCUCCCAGAGCACAUACACAGACUUGCUUUCUGUCAUUGAGGAGAUGGGCAAGGAAAUCCGACCUACCUAUGCAGGCAGCAAGAGUGCUAUGGAGCGGCUGAAACGAGGGAUUAUUCAUGCCCGGGCGCUGGUAAGAGAGUGUCUGGCAGAGACAGAACGCAAUGCCCGUACGUAACAGUCGCUUCCUCCUGGCACUACCCCUGGAGGAUCCUGGAAAUUCCUGGCAAAUCAGCAUUUUGGAAUCUGGAGAUUUCCACCCCGCCCCUUCAAAUUUUUUUCACCAAUCAGUGUCUCAAGGCCUAGAACUGCAAUCGCUUUCAAAGACCUUUAUACCAAUUGGCAACUAAGAAUCUGAAACUUCUUCUGCUACAUCACAGAACUUCCCACCAAUUGGCACUCUGGGAGUAGGUGCAGAAAGAGUUCACUGCACACACCUUCUGGUCAACCACUGAGAAUAAUGGCUGGUAGCAAAUCCUAUGUGUUUAUAAAAUGUGUGGGAUUUUUUAUAUAAAUAAAAGGAAAGGUUUGGAAUUUGGAUGAUCCCUUCUUCACUGUGGUUUUCUAAUUUUUUUUUCAUGUGCUGGUGUAGGAAUAUUCUCUUCCUCACUAAGACAUUGAGGGCCUGUAUUGCGAGAUGUGCUUCCUUAGUAAAGCAGCAUGCAGCCCUCCCUGACUAUUGUAACAAAAGCCUUAGCCAGCUGUCUCUGAGCCUGUAUUGGAAAACUUGUAAUAAAAUAUUUCUACUCAUA